UUUUGUGAACUUGAUUACCGAAUUACGACCAUCGAAAUAAUGAAAUUAGCAAUUUUGCUGGUUGUCGGCGUUAUCGCCAAUGUAUAUGGCGAUGAACCUGAAGCUAUCGUGGGUGGCAACGUGGCAUCACCUGGACAAUUUCCAUAUCAAGUUUCCCUUCAGUUAUACGGUAACCAUUUUUGCGGAGGAACUAUUAUUAGCAACAGACAUGUCGUCACUGCUGCUCAUUGUAUGCCAUCGCCUGCAAAUACGAACGGCCUAACAGUUGUAACUGGAACAAACGACAUAGAAAAUGGUGGUCAAGUACACCAGAUCAUGUGCAUUCAAGUGCAUCCAGAGUACAACCCGAAUACCGUCAGUAACGAUAUCGCUUUGAUCACUUUGGCAGAACCGAUGACCUUCAGCGGUCUACAACAGUCAAUUUUUCCAGCAACUUCAGAUCCUGCCACUGGCCAAAAUAAUGCUGUAGUAAGCGGAUGGGGAAUGCUUGGAGUAAAUGCAGGUACGCCGACAAUGCUUCAGUAUGUCACGACGAGGGUGCUGAGCCAUAGUGAAUGCCGAAAAGUGCAUUCAGGCACUACUUAUAAACAGUUAUGUACCUUUAACAGCUAUGGAAAAGGUGCAUGUAUGGGUGACAGCGGCGGUCCUCUCGUUUCCGACGGUCAACUUAUUGGUGUCGUCUCCUUUGGCACACCCUGUGCUGUGGGCGUACCUGAUGUAUUCACUAAUGUUGCCCAUUAUGGGGCCUGGAUUCGGCAAUGUCAACAGAAGUGUAUGUAUAUGGCGAUGAACCUGAACCUAUCGUGGGUGGAAAUAUGGCUUCACAAGGACAAUUUCCACAUCAAGUCUCCCUUCAGGAAAACGGCUACCAUAAUUGCGGGGGAUCUAUUAUUAGCGACAGACAUAUCGUUACUGCUGCUCAUUGCAUAUCUCAAAAUAGUGCGAGAACCAUGGUACACAGUUGUGACUGGAACAAAUAAUCUACAAAAUGGUGGUCAAGUACAUCGAGUCAAGUGUAUUCAAGUGCAUGAAGGAUAUAUCCCGAAUAUCUUUGCGAACGAUAUCGCUUUGAUCACUUUGGCACAACCGAUGACCUUCCACGGUCUACAAAGGCCAAUUUCUCUAGCGAGUGCAGAUUAUGCCACUGGCCAAACUCAUUGUAUGAUAAGCGGAUGGGGAAGGCUCGGCGCAAAUGCAAAUAUGCCGACAAUGCUUCAGUACGUCGAUACGAUGGCGCUGACCCGUAACGAUUGUGUAAGAGCGCAUCCACGCACUACUGCUAAACAGAUAUGUACCUUUAACAGCUAUGGAAAAGGUGCCUGCAUGGGUGACAGCGGCGGUCCUCUCAUUUGUAAUGGUCAACUUGUUGGUGUCGUGUCCUUUGGCAGACCCUGUGCUGUGGGUGUACCCGACACCAUUCGAACCGGAACAAACAAUGUAAAAAGUGGUGGUCAAAUACACCAAAUUAAGUGCAUUCAAGUGCAUUCAGGAUUCAACAUGAAUACCCUUAAGGAUGAUAUCGCUGUGAUCGCUGUAACAAAACCGAUGAGCUUCAACAAUUAUCAAGCUCCAAUUCCUCUGGCGAGUAUGGAUUAUGCCAAUGGCCAAAAUCGUGCUAUAGUAAGUGGAUGGGGACAGCUCGGUAAAAAUCAAGGCAUGCCAACGAUGCUUCAAUAUGUCAAUGUGAGGAUGCUGAGCGCUAAUGAGUGCCGAAAGGCGCAUUCAGACACUAAUUAUAAACAGAUAUGUACUUUUAACAGCUAUGGGAAAGGUUCCUGCAUGGGUGACAGCGGCGGUCCUCUUAUUUCCAAUGAUCAAUUUGUUGGUGUUGUGUCCUGGGGCAUUCCUUGUGCUGUGGGUCAACCUGAUUUUGCAAGUUGUGGACGUGGUAACCGUAUUACGACAAUUGAAAUAAUGAAGUUAGCAAUUUUGCUGGUUGUCGGCGUUAUCGCCAAGGUAUACGGCGAUGAACCUGAACCUAUCGUGGGUGGUUACGUGGCAUCGCCUGGACAAUUUCCAUAUCAAGUCUCCAUUCGGGAAGCUGACUAUCAUAUUUGCGGAGGAAGUAUUAUUGACAAGAGACAUGUCCUCACUGCUGCUCAUUGCAUAUCGUCCCCAAAUAUCGCGCGAUACUUGACUAUUCUAGCCGGAACAAUCAAUGUAGAUGGUAGUGGUGGUAAAGUAUACCAAGUCCAGAGCAUUCAAGUGCACCCACAGUACGACCCAUGGAAUCAAAAUGCGAACGAUAUCGCUGUGCUCCGUAUGGUUACACCGUUUCAAAUCGACGAUCUACAAAGUCCAAUUUCUCUAGCAAGUGAAGAUUAUGCCAAUAGCCAAGCUCUUUGUACAGUAAGCGGAUGGGGACAGCUCGGCGCAAAUGCACCUGCGCCGUCACUGCUUCAGUAUGUCGACAUGACCGCGCUAAGCCAUAGUAAUUGCCGAAAAGCGCAUCCAGGCGUUACUUUUAAACAGAUGUGUACCUUUAACAGCUAUGGAAAAGGUGCAUGCAUGGGUGACAGCGGUGGUCCUCUCGUUUGCAACGGUAAACUUGCUGGUGUUGUCUCUUGGGGCAAACCUUGUGCUGUGGGUCAACCUGACGUAUUCACUAAUGUUGUCCAUUAUCAGGACUGGAUUAAUCAAUGUCUACGCUCGUACUGAUCAUUUGAAUAAUCGCAGUCGACCGACGAUCUACAUUUCAGACAUGAUUCAGAAUUUUCAGUUACAGCAUGUGAAACGCAUUGCUAACACUAUUAAUAUAUAGAAAUUGAAAUGAUAUGUAAGCAUAAAGAAAAGAAUAAAAAAAUAUUAUUCCAAA